AUGAAAUUCAUGGAAGUUAGAAACCAGACCGUGCAGGUGACUGAAUUCUUGUUCCUGGGUUUCUCUGGCAUGCCCAGAGAUCAACCUAUUUUCUUUCUGCUGUUUCUCACCAUUUACCUCAUCACCUUGGUGGCCAACUCAAUGAUAUUCAUUUUGAUCCAGCUGGAUUCACGUCUCCACAGUCCCAUGUACUAUUUCCUCAGCCAUCUCUCCUGCUUAGACAUUUGCUAUUCCUCGGUCACGGUCCCAAAGAUCCUCGUGAACCUUGUGCACCAGCAGCCCACCAUCUCCUACAAUGAGUGCAUGGCCCAGAUGUUCUUCCUCAUGACAUGUGCUGGAACUGAGUGUGCAAUGCUGGCUGUGAUGGCCUAUGAUCGCUAUGCGGCCAUCUGUGAACCUUUGCACUAUUCUCAACUCAUGAGUAGGGAGGUGAGAGUGCCUCUGGCUACUGCUUCAUGGAUCUGGGGCCUUCUCGACUCAGCCAUCCACACUGCCCUGGCCACCGAUUUGAUCUUCUGUGGAGCCAACCAGAUCCAUCACAUCUUCUGUGAUGUCCCACCACUCUUGAAAAUUGCUUGUAGCGACACUUAUGUCAAUGAGAUGGCUCUUCACACAGCAAGUGUCUUUGUGGGUCUGAGCCCUUUCCUCCUCGUUGUCAUUUCCUACAUCUACAUCCUAUCUACCAUUCUGAAGAUCCGUUCCAGCACUGGAAGGAGAAAGACCUUCUCCACCUGCGCUGCCCACUUGAUAACUGUCAUUGUCUACUUUGGGAUGGCCAACUUGAAUUACAACCGUCCCAGUGCAGGCUACUCCUUGGGGGUGGACACCCUGGUUUCCACCCUGUAUUGUAUCAUCACCCCCAUGCUGAACCCCCUAAUCUACAGCCUCCGAAACAAGGAGGUCAAAGGGGCCCUACAAAAACUUCUGAGCAUUCAGGAGAAGGAAGAUGCACCACCUGGAAAGCAAUGA